GAGAGUAGGUGGUGGCAUAGUAAAUUUAUUUUGCAUUGAAUUUUGUCGGGACCGAGCAAAAGUGGUAUAAUACCGAGAGUGGCAUAUAUAGUAGCGAGGUGGCAUAGUGACUGUAUAUCGUUCACAUACAGUAUAGGUGUCCUGUUCAAAAUAAUAUAUUUCUCUUUUUAUGAGUCUUGCACUGCUAGUCAACAAGUAAGGAACGUUAAUUGUUAUUGCUGUGUAUCAAAGUAUUUUUACUCGGUUAACAGUUAGAUAAAUGAGUCACAGAGGCGUGACUGUACGUACUUAUAGCUCUGAGGGAAGGAAGGGGCUGCCGCGUCAUGUGCUAUCUGUUUUUCUCACCUGCUCAAGGACGUUUUGAAUUGUGGUAAAUACUUCGCAGAUGACCGAAGGUAAAGGAGAAUUUCUAUCGUGCCGUAAGGACUGAUACAAGUGACCUGACUGUGUCUGAGGGUAUAAUGCUGCUUGCAUACAGCUGCCGAACUGUGUUUCUUUUUUAGAUCUUCCUUGCACAUUCCUGUCGUCGUUUCUUCAUUGUCCUUCGUUCUACUGUUUGCCAUUGUGUAAACCGUCUACCCUCAUCCUCAGUGCGUGCGGGUGUUCUUUCUUGGCCAUGGAGCGAAGAGAGUUCGACUGCUUUGAUAGGGAGUUGUAUGUGAUCCGGGCUGCCUCUGAACGGCGUAUGAUCUUGGUUAGAAGUGGAACCCCUCUUCAUUCCAUCGACUACGAGGGACUGAAGAGUGAGAUAAGACAAAAGUGGGAGAAGGAGCACAGCAAGGUUAGUGACGUUGGUGUGCAGCAAGCACCAUGCGUGGAUCCUGAUGUCGGGGUGCUCCAUCCAAGCAUGACGAGAGGGGCGGACAGGGGGUCUGGUGUACCCAGUACCCGGGCCCGCGGCUGUCAAGGGGGCCCGGCCUUGAUGAAGAGAGCAGCUGAGAUAGACAUGCCUGGAGGAUAUCACAACCUUUCUAUUGGACAAGUUCCUACUCCCACACCAGGCAGUAAGGAAGUACUGAUACAAGUCAAAGCUACAGCAAUCAACAGGGCUGAUACUCAUCAAAUGAUGAGAGCAGCUGAGAUGGACAUGCCUGGAGGAUAUCACAACCUUUCUAUUGGACUAGUUACUAUUCCCACACCAGGCAGUAAGGAAGUACUGAUACAAGUCAAAGCUACAGCAAUCAACAGGGCUGAUACUCUGCAAGUUUUUCCAGUCAUUCUGGGACUGGAAGUUGCUGGUAUUAUAAGUAAAUUAGGACCUGGAUGCAGUAGGCGGUGGGCAGUUGGUGACAGAGUAAUGACUCUUUUAUCAGGUCGUCGCGAAGCAGAAUAUGUGGUGUCACCUGAAGGGCUACUUAUGCCAAUCCCAUCUGGGAUGGACUUUACAGAAGCUGCUGCUAUACUAGAAGUGUGGCUCACAGCAUUUAAACUGCUCCACACUGUUGGCAAAGUACAGGCAGGUGAAUCAGUUCUUAUCCAUGCUGGUGCAAGUGGAGUGGGAACUGCAGCCAUUCAGCUAUGCAUUCAGGCUAAAGCUCAUCCAUACAUCACUGCUGACAGUUCUGCCAAAAUCCAAUCAGCAGUUCGCCUUGGUGCAGUGGAAGGGUUUAACUAUAAGGAAGAAAAUGUGGGUGCUAGAGUACUGGAGGCCACUGGAGGAAAGGGCGUAAAUAUCAUUCUUGACUGUGUUGGAAGUUCCAUGUAUGAGCAUAAUCUCAGUGCCAUUGCUGUAGAUGGAAGAUGGAUCAGAUAUGGACUGCCAGGUGGUGGAGAUGCGAGUGGUGAUUUUCUGCGCAAAGUGCUUUCUAAAAGAAUUACUCUGACAGGGACAACCCUUCGAGCUCAAUCACUUGAGUUCGCGCUGGUCUCCAACUUCAUUAAAGAUGUGCUACCUUUGUUUGAAAAUGGGGCAGUCAAGCCAAUUAUUCACACUGUCCUAAGUCUCGAGAAAAUUGUAGAAGCUUAUAAGUUGACGGAAGCAAAUGUCAACACAGGCAAAAUUAUUCUGACGGUCAACUCAGGGGAUUUUGAUACUAUCGCACAUUAGCUAUUAAAAACUAACAAAACAAUAAUAUAUUUGAAAUAAUCAUAUUUUUAAUUUGUGCAUUUAAGACAGUGUUUUUAUUGUUUUUUAAAGUUAAAACAUUGCACACAUGUUAAAUGUAUGGAUAAUCUGAAGGCAAAAGAGAAAAAAAGGUCAUACAUUUCAUCAGUUACUGAAACUAAAAAAGAUCAUAGUAUUGACAGGAAUGUUUCGGUGUAUCAACAUUAUAUAGUAUGUUUACACAUUUGCAUUUUUCAGCACUCCUGCAUUUGUGUUGCUGUGCAUACAUUGAUGAAAUGCUAGGAAUAAUCCAUUUCUGGUGUGUGUAUGUUAAUAUUUCAAAUUAACUUGAUGGUCUGAAAGCGCAUUACAUUCAAUUUUGCUUAUGUUGUGUGGAUUCAUACAAAUGUUAGUAUACGAGAGAGAGA